AUGUUUGCCAGCGCAUUAUCAUCGAUACUUAAUAAACACACUUUAACUGGAGAGAAUUUUGCCGAUUGGAAAAGGAACCUAAAAAUCGUCCUAACCUUUGAGAAACUGAAUUUCGUACUGAAUACACCUUGUCCUCCGGAGCCACCUGUUGAUGCUCCUAAUGAGGUUUUCCUAGCAUAUCAACGCUGGAAGGACUCUGACGAUAUGGCCCGCUGUUAUAUGAUAACGAGCAUGUCCACUGUGCUACAAGCACAACAUGAAGAUUACAUAACUGCUCGUCAGAUUAUGGAUAAUUUUGAGGACAUGUUCAGCUACCAAGCCACUGAAAAACGUCAGGAAGCCCUAAGUAAUCUCAUUAAUUACAGACAAAAGGCUGGGUCUUUCAUAAAGGAACAUAUGCUGAAGGUGAUGGGCCAUUUAACUGACGCUCAUACCAAUAGGGCCGACAUCGAUGCUGAGUCUCAAUUGACCAUGAUCUUUGAAACUUUCAAAUGA